UAAAGCUCCGAAGGAUUGGCUCCACCAGUUAAAGUUGUCAGCAAAAGUUGAAGACCGAGUGGAUUUCUCACGUCGUGAAUAUAAAACUGUUUGAUUUCAGCUCGUCGUCGUUGUAGGAUAACCGAUGUCAGAUGUCCAUCUCCAUGUCUAGUCUGGAGAGCCCCCCGCGGUCCUCCGUGUUUACCUUUGAGUCCUCGGUGCACAGCUGCCAUGUGCUGCGUUGCCUGGACGACCAGCGCAGGCGUGACCUGCUGUGUGACAUCACAGUGGUGGUGGAAGGGAGGAGCUUCAGGGCCCAUCGCUCUGUGCUAGCUUCCUGCAGCAAAUACUUCACUCACAGGGCCUCGUCUCACGCGGGCCCAGGGCUCGUCAUCACCCUGCCUCAGGAGGUGACGGUGAGUGGCUUUGAACCACUGCUGCAGUUUGUCUACACCUCCAAGCUGCUCUUCAGUAAAGAUAAUGUCAUGGAGAUAAGACACUGUGCCUCUAUUCUGGGUUUCAGGGAUCUGGACUCGGCCUGUUUUGACUUCCUCCUGCCCAAGUUCUUCAGCAGCAGUUCGGCCUCCUUCCAGAGGAUGACCUGCUGUAAGACACGGUGCAGGAGACAGUCCCCCGGGUCAGAGCUUAGCGACAUCGACACGAACAAGGAUGUCUUAGAUGAUGACAAAGGGGUCCGGGUGGUUUCUGAUUCGCCCGUUGAACAGGAUGUGGGUGGAGCCCCCUGUCAAAGCAGCCAACCAACAAAUAGUGUGACAGGAUGUAAAAGCGAAACCCCCGCCCCUCCUCCUGAAGUCAAUUUCCAAUCAGACACCCAGACUGAUGACUCCCUGCGGUGCCCCAAGUCCUGUAAGUUCCAGCUGGCUUGUGGGAAGGACAGUGUGUGUCUGGACGUCUGCAUCCCAGAAACAACCCUUGAUUCCCCAGUGUUCACUGAGGAGGGCUGCCCUCUGCCUCAGUCCCGGUCCUGUCUACCUUGCUCCAGUAGUGGGGGCUGUAAGGAGGGUCCUGCAGUGGAGAUCUCUGGAGAGAACUCCUCCCAUUGCUCACAGACACAGACUAACCAGCCAGGACAUGGAGAGGUUGAGGAGAGGGUAGGAGAGGAGGAUGGGGAAAAGAGAGAGGCAGCCGAGGAGAACGUAGACAAGUAUGAGGGGGUAGGAGAGGUGGAAGAGAGGAGGAGAGAAGCAGAGAAGGCUUCUGGAGUCUGCUGCCUUAGAUCUCCACUCAUGGAGGUUUCCAGUGGUAGGACUGUCAGCUGUGAACAGAGCCCAGGGUUGGAUGAGGGGACAGUGGGUACUGCAUCACACCGAUGCCCCCUUGAGGAACCUGGGCUUGGCCAUCAGAGCCCUGGAGGUGUGGGGGAAGGAGGUUGUGUUCUAGGUGGUAGAGGGCACCGUGAAGGGUUAGAUCCAGCUGUCUCCAUCCCCAGUCAGCCAAAGACAGAACAGGAGCAGGGAGGGAGAGGAGAGGGAGAGGAAGAGAGGAGAGAGAUGGAUAGAGGGAGAGGAGAGGGAGAGGAAGAGAGGAGAGAGAUGGAUAGAGGAGAGGAUAGAGGAGAGGAAGAGAGGAGAGAGAUGGAUCGAGAUAGAGGAGAGGAAGAGAGGAGAGAGAGCGGAUGGGAAGAGAGGAGCAGCAUGGAGAGGGAGGUGGCUGAACACUUGGCCCAUGGUCUUUGGUCAGACCUCUCGUCUCCUCCUCCUUCCCUCCUCCAGGACUCCCUACCUGAGACUGGGCCUGAGAACAUUCAGGGCAGUAGCUCCACCUUGAAUCCCCGGAGCAUGAGCCCCAAGUUGGACUGGCUGAACCAGCUGUACCUCACCUCCAGCACCGGGGACUGUCCUUUUCUCCAUGGCCUGGACAGAGGGAUGGACAGUGGGACAGACAGGGAGAUGGACAGAGGGACAGGGUUAGGGGACGCCCAGCUGCCGGGCUGUGAGGGGUCAUCCCAGUCAGAGAAGAGUCCCUGUGUGUCCUCUCUGACCUCUGGGGAUGAUGGAGACUCGGACUGCUUCGAUAUGGAGGGAGACAGUGAGUCCUGCUCCUACAGCCAGAAGGCUAGGGAGUUACAGCUGCCGUUCUCUGUAGGUCAGAUUUUGGCGUUGAGCAGGAAUGACUUCCAGCUGAUGUUGAGGCACCAGACUCUGACCAGAGAGCAGCUGGACUUUGUCCACGACGUCAGACGCAGGAGUAAGAACCGCAGCGCAGCCCAGCGCUGUCGCAAGAGGAAGCUGGACUGUAUACACAACCUGGAGUGUGAGAUCGACAAACUGAGGACAGAGAAGGAUCAUCUCAUGACAGAGAGGACCAAUCUGAUCCAGAUGAAACUGAAGACUUGGCAAAGUGUGUCUGAACUGUGUCAGAGGGCCUGCAGUGAGUCCGCCCUGAGUCCCAAACAACUCCAGGUCCCAGCCUCCGCAUAUUGCCCUCUCUCUGCUCUCAUCUCCCCCACACACCCAGCCUCCCCUCGGCUAGAGAGGCGACUACAGCCCCUGGCUUCUCUGUCAGCCUCCUCCUCAGCCUCAGAACCCCGAGAAUCUUAGACCAGCUCUCCCAAGGACACACCCACAGGGGAGGAGCUAUCAGGUGAUUGGACAGACCCUCAGGUACAUACCUGUGAACAGGUGACUGAUACCCUGCCCAUGGAAUAGUGUGACCAACAAAGGUGUUAGUCAAGACACCUGUAGGGACCACCAUUAUCUUCAUCACCACCAUCAUCACCAUCAUCAUCAUCAUCAUCACCACCAUGUUCUGCUCAUAAUAUUAUAAUAGGCUACAACUCCUAAACAGAGGAAAGAUUUCUAACCACUAGGCUACCUUCCGCCCUACACUCUAACCACUAGGCUACCUUCCGCCCUACACUCUAACCACUAGGCUACCUUCCGCCCUACACUCUAACC